CGGCUCCUCGGUCGUCCUAUGGUCAGCUGACCGAGCAUCUCUGAGCGUCUUUAGGACAAACAGACGAAACGAGUCAAGAAAAGGGUAUUCCUGCGUUUUAUUUUCCCACAGAGGGAACCGUUUACCACUCAGCCCCACUGUUAGUGGGAAAUGUUCCAGUAGGUCGCUGCUUUUGACACCUCACCAUAAUGUCGGGGAACAACUUGGUUCUACCCAUAGUGCUCUGGGGCCGCACAGCUCCCACACAUUGCAUCAGCAGCCUGCUGGUGAUGGAUGACUUUAGCACCAUCAUCACCGGCUGCCACGAUGGACAGAUCUGUCUCUGGGACAUGACGCCUGAGCUGGAGAUUUGUCCCAGGGCAAUGCUGUUUGGUCACACAGCCUCCAUCACCUGCCUGUCUAAAGCGAGUGCAUGCAGCGACAAACAGUACAUCGUCAGUGCAUCUGAGAGCGGGGAGAUGUGUCUGUGGGACGUGAACGAUGGACGCUGUAUUGAGUUCACAAAGCUGGCAUGCGCUCACAUUGGCAUACAGUACUACCAGUUCACCAUCGGCACUCAGAGGGAGGGGCGUCUCCUCUGUAAUGGCCACUACCCAGAAAUCUUGGUGGUGGAUGCCACCAGCCUGGAGGUCCUGUACUCGCUAGUGUCUAAAAUCUCUCCUGACUGGAUUAGCUCUAUGAGCAUCAUCCGAUCCCACCGCACACAAGAGGACACGGUUGUGGCGGUGUCAGUGACGGGCAUCCUGAAGGUCUGGAUCAUAACACCUGAGGUCAGCAGAAUGCAGGACUUGGACCCUGUGUUUGAAGAGGAGUCCAAACCGAUCUACUGUCAGGGCUGCCAGAGCAUCUCCUUCUGCACCUUCACUCAGAGCAGCCUGCUGGUCGUGUGCUCCAAAUACUGGAGGGUGUUUGAUGCGGGCGAUUACUCCCUGCUCUGCUCGGUGUCCAACGACAACGACCAGUCCUGGACGGGAGGUGAGUUCAUCGCCGCGGACAAAGUCAUCAUCUGGACCGAGGAUGGUUGCAGCUACAUCUACAAGCUGCCAGCCAGCUGCCUGCCUGCUAGUGAGCAUUUCCGCAGUGAUGUUGGGAAAACCAAAGAAGGUUCGAUCCCUCCGCUGGUGUACAGCAUCGCUGACCGCUCAGACAAACAGCUCCUCAUCUGCCCUCCUGUGACCCGCUUCUUCUUCAGCCGGAGGGAGCCCUUCCAUAAGCUGCUGAUCCAGGGUGACUCGGCGGGCAGAAUGACCCUGUGGAGCAUCCCGGACACCUCGCCUCUGCAGCCACAGUCCACCUCCACAGAGCUGCAGGUGUCAUUCACCAUCAGCCUGCAGGAGGCAUUUGAUAAGCUGACCCCAGUGUCCUCGGGGAUCAUUGACCAGCUCAGCGUCCUGCCAGGCAAAGACGAACCCAUUAAGGUGACGGCCAGCGUCUACAUCCCCUCUCAGGGGCGCCUGGUGUGCGGGAGAGAAGACGGCAGCAUCAUCCUCGUUCCCGCCACUCAGACGGCCAUCGUCCAGCUGCUGCAGGGCGAGCACAUGCUCAGGAGAGGCUGGCCGCCUCACCGCACCCUACGAGGCCACCGCAACAAGGUGACCUGCGUCCUGUACCCAUACCAGGUCUCGCCACGCUACGACCAGCGCUCGCUGGUGUCUGGGGGAGUGGACUUCUCCGUCAUUGUCUGGGACAUUUUCACCGGGGAGAUGAAGCACAUCUUCUGUGUCCACGGAGGGGAGAUCACGCAGCUCAUCGUUCCGCCAGAGAACUGCAGCACUCGGGUGCAGCACUGCGUCUGCUCGGUGGCCAGCGACCACUCUGUCGGCCUGCUCAGUCUCCGGGAGAGGAAGUGCAUCAUGCUCGCGUCGCGGCACCUUUUCCCCAUCCAAGUCAUCAAGUGGCGCCCGGCAGACGACUACCUGGUGGUGGGCUGCUCUGACGGCUCUGUGUACGUCUGGCAGAUGGACACAGGAGCGUUGGACCGCUGUGUGAUGGGAAUAACUGCAGUAGAGAUCCUGAAUGCCUGUGAUGAGCUGGCUCCAGCUACUGUGGAUGCUCUGAGCCACUCGGCGGUGAACCUGAAACAGGCGAUGACCCGCCGCAGCCUGGCCGCACUGAAGAACAUGGCUCAACACAAACUGCAGACGCUUGCCACCAACCUGCUGGCUGCAGACAACGCUGACAAGGGCAACUUACCAAAAUAUUCCCACAAUGCCUUGGUGGUCCAGGCGAUGAAGACCAACCUGACAGACCCUGACAUGCAUGUGCUGUUCUUCGACGUGGAGGCGGUGAUCAUCCAGCUGCUGACGGAGGAAGCUCAGAGACCGAACCCCAUGCUGGUGUCCCCGGAGACGCUACAGAAGAGCCAAGCUGGCGCUGAUAAGGGCGGGUCCUUGUUGGCUCAUAAAAUCUUCAAACAGGUGAAGGAGACCAUGAAAGAGACCAUUAAGGAGCACCUAUUAGAUGAAGAUGAGGAUGAAGAGGAGGAGAUGAGGAGGCGCGAGGAGAAGUCCAAGUCUCUGAGUCUGCUGGAGUAUAACCUGACGAUGGACACAGCCAAGCUCUUCAUGUCCUGCCUGCACGCCUGGGGUCUCAACGAACAGCUGGACACCAUCUGUCUGGAGCGACUGGGCAUGCUCAGACCACACUGCCCCAUCUCCUUCGGCUUGAUCUCCAGAGGAGGCCACAUGUCUCUUAUGUUGCCCACCUUCAAGGAAUCUUUGCUUCGUCAGCUUUCCCUGGCGACAGGUCGGAAGCUAUCUCUGUCAGACAUAGUCGGGAAGGGGACAUAUGGUGUGUCGAGGGCUGUCACCACACAUCACCUCCUCUCCGUCAUCUCACUGGCCAACACUCUGAUGGGCAUGACCAACGCCACCUUUGUUGGAGAGCACAUGAAGAAAGCACCGGCCAGGCCUCCCAGACCAGGAGGAACCCCGGAGACUCCUCGCCGGACGCCUGCCGCCCCCCCUCAGCCCUCCAACCCGGCGCUACAGGCCCAGAUCAAACAAGCUGCUGUAGCUCCUGCAGCCAACACCGUUGCUGCUGCUGCCGCCUCUGCUGGGGCUCUGGGAGCCCCUGGGGGACUCCCUCAGGGGGCUCCUGGCUACCCCAGCCCCGGGCCUGCUUCUCAUAACAUCCUCUCAGUCAACGAAGGAUGGAGCCAGCUGGCAGCCAUGCACUGCGUGAUGCUCCCUGACCUACUUGGCUUGGACAAGUUCAGACCGCCACUGCUGGAGAUGCUGGCGAGGAGAUGGCAGGACCGCUGUCUGGAGGUACGAGAAGCAGCCCAAGCUCUUCUCUUGGCUGAACUGAGGAGGAUCGGCCAGUCAGGACGCAAAGAAACCAUUGACAUGUGGGCUCCAUACCUGCCCCAGUAUGUCGACACAGUCAGCUCCCCUGGAACAACCACCGACACUCCCCCUCCAGCCCUGCCGCCACCAGAGGCUCAGCCAGUAGAAACCAAGGCUCCUGAGGAGGAAAUGGAUGUCACUGAUGAUGACAUCACAGCAGGUUGUCUGUCUAACCUCCCGCCAAAUGCGAAGAAGAUCUCCAACUCUUACGAGGAGCGCCGUAAACAGGCCACUGCCAUCGUCCUUCUGGGAGUCAUUGGGGCUGAAUUUGGCGCAGAGAUCGAACCCCCGAAGGGCUCGGCCCGGGCUCGAGCUGGUGGACAGGCACCCGAAGGUUUUGGACUGACCAGCGGAGGAUCAUCCAACUACUCCCUGGCCAGACACACCUGUAAGGCCCUGACCUUCCUGCUGCUGCAGCCCCCCAGCCCCAAGCUGCCUGCCCACAGCACCAUCCGACGCACCGCCAUCGAUCUGAUUGGUCGAGGCUUCACCGUGUGGGAGCCGUACAUGGAUGUGUCGGCGGUGCUCAUGGGACUACUGGAGCUGUGCGCUGACGCCGAGAAGCAGCUCGCCAAUGUCACCAUGGGUUUGCCCCUCAACCCUCCAGCAGAUUCGGCCCGUUCAGCCCGUCACGCCCUCUCUCUUAUUGCCACCGCCCGGCCGCCUGCCUUCAUCACCACCAUUGCAAAAGAGGUUCAUCGGCACAACGCUGCUCAGGCGAACUCUCAGUCACAGCAGAACAUUCACACGACCACUCUGGCCAGAGCCAAAACAGAGAUCCUGCGAGUGAUCGACAUCCUGAUUGAGAAGAUGCCUGGAGACGUCGUGGAUCUUCUGGUUGAAGUGAUGGAUAUCAUCAUGUACUGUAUUGAAGGUUCUCUGGUGAAGAAGAAAGGACUGCAGGAAUGUUUCCCUGCUAUUUGCAAGUUCUACAUGGUUGGUUACUGCGACCGCAGUCACCGCAUCGCUGUCGGAGCUCGCCAAGGUUCAGUGGCCCUCUACGAUGUCCGUACAGGGAAAUGUCAGAACAUUCACGGUCACAAAGGUCCAAUCACAGCGGUAUCAUUCGCCCCUGAUGGCCGUUAUCUGGCAACCUACUCCAGCGCUGACAGCCAUAUCUCCUUCUGGCAGAUGAACACCAGUCUGCUGGGCAGCAUCGGAAUGCUGAACUCUGCUCCUCAGCUUCGCUGCAUCAAGACGUACCAGGUUCCUCCGGUCCAGCCGGCCUCCCCAGGCUCCCAGAACCACCUGAAGCUUGCCCGUCUCAUCUGGACGUCCAACCGCAAUGUCAUCCUGAUGGCCCAUGAUGGCAAGGAGCAUCGCUUCAUGGUCUAAAUCCAAGCUGUAUUUACUGCUGACAGACCUGGGCCUGGUAGGAGGUUUUUCCUUUGAAGCAGACUCUAGAAAGCUACACUCUGGAUUUAUUUGGUGGUAAUUUUGGUAUUUGCAGUUCAGAUGAUAUUUUAGUGGCCAAGUUUUAGAGUUAAGAGAUUCGAAGUAUGAUCAAAACUAAUAGUUGAGGUCAAAAUCUGAAGGAAUGAUAAAAGCCCAGCUCAGGCCCAGGUUUGGACCAGAUUCAUGUUCUCAUUUUAUCUCCUGCAGUAAUCAUUGUAAGGAAAGUGACUGUGUGAUAUCUUUAUAGGCCGUGAUAGAAGCCUUGUUUACAUGAUUUGCAUUGAUGUAUUUUUAAUCAUUUACUUUGCCAUUCCUAUUUAUUUGCCGUUGAUGCUGGAUGUCACAGACCCUCCAAACCUUUGCUGUUAAUUUAAGUCUCUUUUUUCUUUUUUUCUUUUUUUUAAAUUUUAUUUCAGUUCCAGUAAUUGGAUCACUUGAUUAAUAAAUGUUUUCUAUGUAUGGGAGGUAUUUACUUUGGUGAUUAAACUUUGAUUAAAAUGUGUAUUUUGGGGGGUAGAAAAUGGUGAAAGGAAUUAGUUUGACCUCUGGCCUUAGGUACGCUCCGACCUCUGUAAGACCAGUACAUGCAUUUCACCUUUCAAGCUGCACAAAUGUGCGUGUGCACAUGUGUGAGUAUUUUUGUGACACCUUGGAAGCUUUUGAAACUUCUCUGGCUUCACACAGAAGUGUUUGUGUGUGUGUGUCUGCACCCAAGUGUAUUUUCACUGUUAAACACACAUUCUCACUUCAGACUGCUCGUCCUGAAAGUCCCAUUAAAGCUUUGGAGGUUGGAGGUGUAGCUGCUCUUACUGCAGAUAUGUAAAAGGAGACAAAUUAAUGCUAUUUUGGUUACCUUUAAAUUUAAAUUAAGUUAGAUACAUCAUCAGUGGUUACCAGUAAUGGGGGUUUUUUUUAAUGGGAAAGCUCAGUUUAGCUCCCAAUGUUUGGUCAUUUUUAAGAAAAAAAAAUCCUAUUUCUUGUGUUUGUUAAUUUCACUUGUCGCAUGAACGUUUACCCCUCGUUUUGUAUGUCAACUGGUUCGUAGCUGGCUGAUCCUCAGCCUUCAGCACCUUCAUAAAGCAAAAUAUUCACUUUUUGGUCUAAAAUAUCUAAUGAAAUAUUUCUAUUUCCACCUCUUCAUAUUAUUUUUUAUUCUUCCAGUGAAAUCAUUCCUAUCACUUCCACAAAGAUUCUCUGGACUUUGUUUCUCUUUUCAAAGGCUAAAAAUUCUGGAGGUUAAUACAUUUAAAACAAAAGUUUAAAAAAGACCUCCUUUUUUCCCACUGGAUUGUUUCUUUGCAGAGGACAACACUGUAUAUUUGGCAGUUGCACGUGAAAUCGUCAUCGUCCUCUUCACAUCUGACUUUUGAAAUAUAUCUAUGACUAUAAAUGUGUCCAUAUUCAGCCAACAUAUCCUCAGAGCCAUUGUGCAACGUAUGUAGGCUGUUCAUGUUGUAUAGUGAUCUGAGCAUCUGUCCUGUUUUGUAUGUAUUGUGGCUAAUGUGGCGAAUUUCCACUUUUCCAGUUCACAAUUUCCAGUCCAUUUUCAAGCCUCUGCCAGCAGUUUUUUUUUUGUUUUGUUUUUUUAAACCACAAAUCACUUAUUUUGGAAAAUGUGCUUUUCCUAUUGGUUAACAAGAAGGACCAAAUUUAUUUAGCAUAAGUUAAAAGAGCCAAAAUGGAAAAGUCGUCUUAUGACACUAAAAAUACAUGAUGCAGAGAUACAUUUAUAUUUAAAAUGCUGCUAUCAUUCUAGAUUUACCUUGUUUGCCCCAAGCCAAGUACAACCAUCACCUCUUAGGAGGAAGAUGAUGAAAUUUAACAAUAGCAAACUAGCAGAAGUUGCACAUUCUGCAGGGGGAUAAAGAAACUCUACAGUGUUGGUACAUGAUUACAUCGAUGUUAGGGGUGCUUAGAGAUGCAACAAAGGACAUUUCCAACGGCAAAAUUUUACCAUCAGGUUUUUGAGCUCUGUUCUUUGUGGUUGAUGACACAUUUUUGCACAUUAUUACUUAAAAAAAAAUUUAACUGUUUUAGUACUCAGAGUUUUAUUCAGAAAGUGAAAUCUAUAUAUAAAUAUAUAUGCAAAUAUAUUUAUAGUGUUUUCUGUCAGUUGUACUGGGCUUAGAUUUUUGUGACUCUUGCAAAAUGCUCAAACUUGCUUUGCUUCUAUUUUCUCCCCUCGUCAUUCUCCUCUCUCCAGCUCCUGUCAGUUUCAUUAGUGCAGUCAGAAAGCUUCUAACACCGAUACACACCUGUAAACCCGGGCGUGUCAAAGCUUUUCACAAGUUCCUCCAGCAUUUCGUCAGACGGCUUCUUUUUGAAAACACGCACACACAAACAGUCCACCAGGUCCUGACAGCUUUGAGAUCUUAAUCUUUCGUUUUCUCCAGCACACUUAACAGUUUGAAAAAAUAUGUUUUUGGCAGCCUCUCGAGGGAGGAAGGGUGAGGAAAAAUGAAGGAGGCAGAGAGGAAGAGCUGAGGAGUAAAUAACAAGUGAGGAAGAUCUGGUCAUCCAGCCAGAAAAAGAGGUUCUGCUGUGAAGGUAGUGAACCAAAAUGGUUAAAACCUACUGGGGAUUUUUCUUUUUUAAACACACGAGGUACAUUUGCUGGAAAAAUCCAAACUGGAGAUGGUAAAACUCAUCUUUACCCAGCUGUUUACAACAAAGUGAAGCAGUCUUGUUACUUUAAUAUAGAAACUCUCCCAUUUUCUGCUUAUAUUUUCUUCUUCUUGUACAGCCGAACACCUGCUUUCUUACUUGCAGUCUACACUAAACGAAAUCUGUGUUUCUUACUCAUUUUAGUUUGAUUGUAUUUAUUGUUUACAGAGUGUUUAAGAGUGUGUGAUGUAUUGCAUGUAUGAGCUUAAUGUGAUGUAACAGAACAGGUUGAUUCUACUGUGCAUCCUAUAAAUCUGCUGUGUAAAACUGUGUUGUCAUCAUGUCCAAUAAAGAUGAAAAUGUGA